AUGGUCAAGCUCCUCCUCUCCCCCGCAAAGGGCAACGCCUCCUCCCCCUACUUCCCCUUCCAUGGCUACCUCGGCCUCACCCCCGUCAAAGUCGAAGGCACCGUCCGCACCAGGAUCGAGGAGGACGGCAAGUCCAUCCUCGCAAAGUCCAUCUCCGUCUCCGUCAGGUGCUACGAGUCCCGCUCCAGCCGCACCCGCGGCACCGGCCGCACCUCUCUCCUAGUCGACUACACAGAUGUCCUCUGGUCAAAGCCAGAAACAUCCGACUGGGCCGACGUCGGCGACCUCGACCUUUCCUUCAAGAUCACUCUCCCAAAACGCACUGCCGGUCUUAGCACUGCCAACUUCCAGGUCUACCGCACUUUCUGGCGCGUGGAGGCCAGUGAGUACACUUCUCUCAGUCCAUCAAUCAUCUCACUUACCGCUCAUCACUCAUCAUUUCUGUCCGCGCUGCUCCCGCAUAUACUCUUCAUCCCGCAAGCUCUCGAGCACACUCCCAUCAUCGGCAUCGGGCGUCGUACUGUCCGUCAUUUUGAUCUUGCUCUUGUCCGGUAUGACCUUCCCCCGUAUCCCCUCUUACCUAGCAGCCCUCCUCCUCCAAUCUCAUCUCAGCAUCCGUCGUACCUCCAAACGAACAAGCCACGUGCUCCCGUUCUUCGGUACUCCAUCUCCGCUCCCAAUCAUCCUGUGGGUCCAAAUGACAUUGUAUUCGCGUCGCUAUCUCUUCAGCCGCUCGAUCACAACGUUUAUGUCCGCCACGCGACACUUGUCGUUGAGCGUCGCAUUGAUAUCCUCAGUCCAUCUGCGUCCGCUAGCGCUACGUCUACCCCUUCCGCUUCUCCCUACCUGCCCAGUCAUGAUAGCGUGACACCCAAGUCCAGCAACUCCCACCUAUCAGUAUCCGCAUAUACCUCUGGUAGCGCCUCUCCGAUGCCUUUGACGCCAACAAGCAGUACAACAUCAUUCGAGUCUCAUGCUUCUUCGCGUCCGCUACUCUCAGAGAGCCCACAGGCCGUGUCAUCGUUCCCACCCAGCAGCUUUCCCUACCCACUACGCCACUCUUCGUCUGGCUCUUCCGAACCGCCCGAGAAGACACUUGUGCUGCCGGUACUUACAACCGAAUGUAGCGGCUUCGCGCGCGAUGCUGCGGGUGUGUGGUCCAAGACGCUUUCGAUGCAGUGGCCCACAGCACGCCCGCAGAGUCGAUGGGCACUCGGCGAGACAAUGCACAGCGAGCUUGCGUCUGUUCGCUUCUUCAUCCGAGUGACGGUGCGCGUUACCGGACCUGCAGGUACGGACAUCCUCGAGCUCGAGCCACACGAGAUCGUGAUCGUGGCGACGAGUGAGGCGGAGCGUCGUACCGCUUUGACGAAGUAUGCGGAGCAGCGCGAGGGCGCGCUCCGCAGCAAAUCGAAGAGCCCAUGGCGGGCACGGCAUAGCGACGACGAGCAGGAUGUUGCGCGGCGGGCGGCGGCAGACGGCCAAUCGAAGUCGUAUCCAGACAUACACGACGAUGCGGCGCGGUCGGCGCAUCAUCGGAAGGGCGGGCAGUCACAGUCGGGCAUGGCUGAGAAGGAAAAGACGCGUGUGAAGACGGCGCGGCGGCCGCAUACAUCUGCUGGGCCGCGGGACAAGUCAUCAUUUCCGUACACGGGAGAUAUAGACCUGGCUUUGGACACGAACGCGGGCGCGCAUGAGACAUUGCAUGCGAGGCGAGAAUCGCGCGGGCAUGCACGACGCACAUCGGGGCAGACAGGCGGCCCGACUGGUGUAGAGGGAGCGGAUGUGGCGAGCGAACACGAUAAUGGGAGGAAACCAAGCGAGAACGGGCGCCGCUUGGAGAUCUCACCGAAAGAUCGUGUCCGUGUCUGGGAAGAGGAGUCUACGCGUAUCGAAACGCAGUCAAGACGAAGUCCUAGCCAUAUUUUGGGGUCUCUGGGCCUAAAUUUUGGCAGGAAGAAGCAAGUCUCACAACGCGGCUGA